CAUUCGACAGACACCUGCGAGACUUUAAAAGAUAUUUCAGAAGCCGACAGGAAAAGUCAUCAUUCGUUGUUCAAGAUGGACCAAGAAAAGGGGAUGUCAAUUUUUAAAGAUGUAUUUAGGAGAGCCGAUAAAAAUGAUGACGGAGCCAUAUCUUGGGAGGAAUUUGUCGGAUUUUUCUCCGAUGGUAUCAUGGGUAAAGAGGAAUUGGAAUCUCUCUUCAAGGAAAUCGACACACAUAACACCAAUAAUAUUGACAUAGGUGAGCUUCAUGACUACUUCUGUACACAUCUGGGUCAGUUUAAGGAACUUUAUAGCCUGGUGGAGGAUUUCAACACCAAACUAUCCAAUGUUUUAGUGUCUACAUCACAGACCUACCCAAGUGCUGGAAGGAUGGAUAAAUUCAUCACACGAUUUCUUGUCCGGGAAAUGUGGAACCAAAUUACAGCCAUACAAAUCCCGUUGGAAUCUGCCUCAGAAUCUCUGGAUGAACAGGCUAAACAGGAAAGAGAGGACAUUCAGCCAAUACAUUUAUCAGACCUGAAAAAGAAGGAUGGCAAUGAAGUUGUUCCUGGUCGUGUUGGCCGUAGAGCCAAGCGCCAAGCAAGCAAUCAGUCCCAGAGUAGUGUAAAUAUGGAGGCACCAACAACCUCUGUGAACCCCCUGGCCUUGACCUCUCAGGUGGACAGACUGACCCAGUUACUCAACAGACUGGAGCACAGUGUAGAUUUGGGAAACUUUGUUGAUGAGGAUCUCAAUGCUGUGGAGGGCGACAAGCUGCUGCUGUUACAGCGAGAUAUGAAGGUUAGAGAGGAUUCAAAGGAUGUGUUUAGAACCAGUCUACGCGACUACAUAGAGGACACACAGAAAUUACUGCCAUGUUUGAGUAUCAGUGUACAGUACUGUACAGACUCUGGAGUAUUCUCAGUGUAUGAAGUGUGGCAGUCUACUGAAGAUCACGACUGUUUUAAUGAAAAUCCAGACAAUUCCUUCAGUGACCGUUUCAAGGAUUUUUUGGAUAUUGAGGAGCCUAUACAGAAAGUAAACUUUCCUAGUAGAUGGUGGAAAAGGGACUAAGUGGCAUGAUAAAGGUUUCUGUCACAGAAAAGUAUGAAGAUACAGUGAAAACAUAGAAGUGAAGUUAGAGGAUCUCCAACCAAAAUAGCCAACAAUGAGACUGAAAGAUGGUUCCACCAAGUCAGAUACUUACAAGUUACAUCAAUACAACGGUUUUUACUUCAUUAAUUUAGAUGUAUUUCAAGUUAAAUCCUUUGAAUAUGAGCAUGUCAGUGUACCUACAAAAAUUUGUAUUUCAAAUACACACAUGUUUUAUAUUUCUUCAAUCGUCUUUGAAGUUCCGUCAUGAAAUAAUUAUAACAUUAUAUAGAUUGACAUUAGGCCAUGCUCCCUAACUAAAUAUUGUUGGUAUUACAUACUAAAAACACUUGCGGAACUGAAAGAUCUGUCUGUAUCAAGGUUUUACUGGUUCAGUAUUUAGAACAAAACCAUAAUUGUAUGACAGGGAUUAGUUCUGUUCAUCAAGAUGUUUGUAUUUGAUAGAUAUUUGCAAUACAAUUUUAUGCAAGGUUAAUAUAUUAUAGUCCAUAUUAUAGUCCUGUAAUUGAUAUAUGUUUCGUUUUGUCAAUAAGGUUAUUGAAACCUGAUAUCUAAUACAAUUACUAUGAAUUGUUGGCUGUAUUGUCAGUGAGUUAGAGUGUAAGUGUGUUUUAAUUUUCUUCAAUAAAUGUUCAUAGUCUGAAGGAAUUAUAUCAGAUUAAUCAAAUUUCAAUAAUAAAUGUGAUUUCCCUCAGUGUAACUGUUUACAUAUUAGGGUCAAGUGUUUAAAUUUAGAUCACCAUCAUUUACUUCAUAAUGACUUCUCAGACCAAACAGCAAAUUUAAUUUCAAAAUCUUUUAUCCCUAAUAGCAGCACUAGGUUGAAGUAACACUUCCAAUUAACAUCCAAAAAUAAGGCCAGUAUAUUUGUCAUCGUGUACCUAAAGACAGAGUGUAGGUAUCCAAUAUAAUUUAAGAAAUAUGAAGAAUGGUUUAUGUUUCCAGUAAUUAGUUUGCAAGAGCAGACUUUCUAACAGUUCAGAAUUUAGCUGUGUAAAAUUAUGCCCUGACCAAAUCUUUGACUACGUAUCCACACAUAAGUGUAGUGUUCGCUUUCUCAUCUUUGUCAUUAUGGAGAAACUUAUAUUCUCCUAGUCUUUAUACCCACCCACCGCAUGUAAGAAUGGUUAAUCCAGGUAUUAUAGCCCAGUUCCAUUCAUCAUGUCUGCAGCCACAAUAUAUGUUAAAGAUAUUUCCAGGCCAUUUGUGGAGGUUAAAAUAAAGUGGAGAACAGGGCAUUCAUGUUGCACCAUAAAACUAUUAGUAUUGUAAAAUAUUUAGAUGGACUUUGAUGGUCUGUAUUCAUUUUCCAACAUUUUCAAGAUGCAUUAAACCAAAUUAAUAUUUCAAAGUUGUCUGCCAGUUCUUAGCAUUUUUCACAUUGGUAAUGUGUUUAACAUUUACAAAGUUUUGUCAUGUUUUUUUUUUCUAUAUUGUUUGUAUUGAUAUCUGUUACAGUAUAUUCUGUUCCUCAGGUUUUAUGAAACAUAUUUAUUUUGUUGACACCCACCUGUGUGAUGAUAUACCAACUCUUGUACUCUCACUGUUUCUUGUUAAAACAUUGUUUUUGUUAAUUGUUCUCUUGUUUAUGACUUAGGUAAUUAACUACCUAUAGUGACUAAUUAUUAAACUACCCGUAGUGACUAAUUAAUAAAUUACCUGUAGUGACUUAGUAAUAAACUACCUGUAGUGACUAAUUAAUAAAUUGCCUGUAGUGACUUAGUAAUAAAUUACCUGUAGUGACUUAGUAAUAAACUACCUGUGGUGACUAAUUAAUAAAUUACCUGUAGUGACUUAGUAAUAAACAACCUUAGUGACUAUACCACAGUUUUAUAUCAACUGUCUUAGAUGAAUUGUACUUGUAUGCUGUUUUGUACUUCUACAGUGUAGUUGAGCUCACCUGUCAUUAGGAGGAGAACCAGGUGUAGAAUUAGGUGUAUAUGAGCUUUUACAAUGAAAUGCAGUCUAUCUACUUUCUAUCUGACAUUUCUACAACCAUAUGGGCAUGUGUAAUGGAAUUAGUCUUUGUAGCAUAGAUCUAUCAAAUCUUUGUAGAUUACAUUUGUUCAAACAGUUGUGAGCCGUCAGCAGAGGAUUUUUGUAAGUCCUAGUCAGAAUAAAAUCUGUAUCUGUGAGGUCAUUGGAUUCGAAUGUCUAAGAGUCAAUACACCUGUAGGUUCCUUGGGUACACGCCUAUCAGUGAGUUUAAAUGUGUGUUUGGGCAAACGACUGAUUGAUAAGUUCAGGUAACCUUGAAGAUCAAAGGUCAUACAUGUAUGUAUCAAGUCUUGUGUAUCCUGUAGGGUAUAGGUUAAAAUCCUCCAUAUUUCCAGCAAUAAGCAAUAUGAAACAUGAGAUUACAGAUAACUGUAGGGGAUGACUCAUGUCCGAUAGUCCAGUGAUUUCAAAUUACUUAAGUAGUAGUUAUUCAAAAUAAAUAUAUGAAAAUGAACAUUUUUCAACCUCUUUGUGAUUGGUCUAGUGUGAUCUUGUAGAUUUUGAUGCAUUUAUUUCAUGUCCAGAUGUGUAUCUCAACUCCUGGCUAUGAUUGGUUAUCAGCAUUAAGUAAAUACUAUAUCAAAUAUGAUUUUCUUAUUAUAGAUUUAUUUGUGUUUUACCCCUCCUUAUAUUUUUUACAUAAAGGACCAUUGACAAUUUGAAGGCACAAUACUCUGAACAAACUCACAUUAAAUCAUUCAUUGUAAUAUCCUGAUAAAGUUCUGACUUUAUAUACAUCACAGCAUAAACUGUAUCACAUGAAACUUUCAUUGUUUUCAUAGUUUCUAUGGAACCACAAAUAUAAAUACAACCAAUGUUAUAUGUAUUAGUGUUAUCUUAUUGUUGCCUGUGCGAACCAAGAAAGUUUGUACCGACGAAAUAAUUUGAGAGCUCUAAACCACAAAAAAAAUGUUCACACAAACAUUUUAUCUUGUACAGUAAUGCUUAUCGCUUAGUAUAUGUAAAUUAUGAUAUUAUUGUAUUUAUGUAUUGGAAUAUAGGUAUUAUGAUGUAUAGGUGGAUAGGUAAUAUAAACUUUUCAGGAGUAGAAUUAAGGUCACAUGUUAUAUCUAGUGUAGCGCAUGCUAUUUAUUAAUGGGCUGUGUUUUUUGAUAGAUUUUUUGCAUGCAUAAUCAGUUAGGAUGUGUAAUUUGCUUUAAAGCAAAUUGUCCAUAUUAGAUUUAAAAGAUCAGUAUUUUCCAAUUUUUUCCAAUUUCAGUUAUGUUUACUUGCUCCAGGUAAAGACGUAUUGUUUUCAACCAAAAUUUGCCUGUUUAACAUGUCUGAAUUAUUAGAAAUGGUAAAAAUAAUAUUUGAUAAUUGUCAUAAAGUGCUUUGUUAGUGUCAUAAAAGCUAUAUUUACCAAUAUCAGUCUAGUAAUAAUAAUGGAAUUCUCAAACAUUAAUAUAACCCUGAAUGCUCAACGGUAAGUCUAGGUUAAAAAAUAAACACCUGAAAUUUUCUUAUGACAUGUUGAAUGUGCUAAACAUACAAUAUCCUGACUCUGUGUGUAUUGUACCUUACAUAAGCCAAGGUGAGAGUGUCUGUUUUACUAUUACAGGGUCGACUGGGUAACUUAGACUUAGUAUAAGACAUGUCCACUAUGUUUUGUAUCAUUUAUACAAUUUACCCAAUAUUACAAUAAUACUAAAAUGUACUGAGCUUCACUCUAAAUGCAUUAAUUUAUACCAAUGUAUAGGGAACCAAUAUCUGUUCCAAAUCUUUGACAUUUUUACCACCUUUAUAAUAUUUUUACCGUUAUAUGUGUGUUAAUACUUAUUUAAUAAAUUAUCAAAAGGU